AUGAUCACCAACGUUGUCGCCCGUUCCGCCAUGCGUGCAUCUACUCGUCAAAUUGCACGAUCUGAUUUGUACCAUUUCUCCAACGCCAAUGGACAAAAUGUCCCCUUCAACACCAAAAACAAAGCUGGACUUGCUCUCAAGAUGUCUUUAUAUCUUGGUCUUGGCUUUGGCGUGCCUUUCAUCGGUGCUUGGUGGCAAUUGUAA